UCUAGGCCAAAUGCCACAGGUAAGCGGCUCUGUGUCUGUCAUGAAAGGCGGAUGUUACUAAUGUACAGAUGUUCCUGUACAAAUUCUCCUAGACACUGAUUGACCAUGUAGGCUUGAAGCCACAAGAAGCUCAAAAACUGACGGGAUGCCAGUGCCAUUGAUAACCAUUCCCAUGUAUUUUUAAAAAACGACAAAGGAUCUUCACCAUGGUUCUGCCUCCCCCUGACAAGCAGCACGUAUGCCUAACCACCAUCGUCAUCAUGGUCAGCAUGGCUUUCAUGGACGCCUACCUAGUGGAGCAGAACCAAGGUCCACGGAAGAUUGGCGUCUGCAUCAUCGUUUUGGUGGGGGACAUAUGCUUCCUCAUAGUACUGCGAUACGUCGCAGUGUGGGUAGGAGCCGAGGUCAAGACCACAAAGCGCGGAUACGCCAUGGUCCUCUGGUUCCUUUAUAUAUUCGUCCUGGAGAUCAAGCUCUACUUCGUGUUCCAGAACUACAAAACCGAUCGCAAGGGCGUGGAGACCGUAGCUCGGAAAACGUUAACCCUGUUGCUCUCGGUUUGCGUCCCGGGGCUCUUUUUUGUCCUGGUUGCUCUGGACAGCAUGGAAUACGUGAGAACCUUCCGGAAGAAGGAAGACAUGCGGGGUCGGUUGUUCUGGGUGGCGCUGGACUUGCUGGACGUCUUGGACAUCCAGGCCAACCUGUGGGAGCCACAGCGGACAGGUCUGCCCAUCUGGGCGGAGGGAUUAAUGUUCUUCUAUUGUUACAUCCUUCUGUUGAUUCUGCCGUGCGUAUCUUUAAGCGAGAUAAGCGUCCAGGGGGCGCACAUGUCCCCGCAGAAGAUGAUGCUCUACCCCGUGCUUAGUCUUAUCACCAUCAAUGUUGUUACCAUACUAAUUCGAGUGGUCAACAUGGUGCUUUUCCAGGACAGUCGAGUCUCGACUAUCUUUAUCGGGAAGAACGUCGUAGCCUUAGCCACCAAGACUUGCACGUUCAUCGAGCACCGCCAACAGAUGAAGGAGUUUCCACCACCAGAUCCUGCAUCCAUUACCCUGGAGGUGCAGCAGAACUCGGUUCCGCACAACCAAACUCUGCCUGAUGCUACGACAAGCCUUCCGGAACAGCCGUCACCCCCUUGCGAGGUCAUUGACACGUGACCCAUUUUACACAGACCCUGAACUUUUAACGUUUUUAAUACGGUCUGAGCCAAAUAUCACUUCAGUGACUCUUGAAAACUUGAUUUUUAUUGUAUAAUUGUAUUCUGUAUCUCCGAACAGAAUGUCCAAGGCCAGCUGCUUUUAAAUGUAUGUAAAUUUCUUUCUAUGUAAUGCACUGAGGAACUUUCUACCUAUUUUUUGUAGACUCUCGUGUGUUACAUCCAGACUCUAGCAGCUAGAAUACUGAAUACAGCUCAGUAGAAAACACAGAGUCUCUAAAAUGUACUUAGAUAUAAAUGAAUUUAGCCUUGAUGUUGGGUCUGUCUGAAAACCUAGUGAGCUCUCUACAUAGAUGCAUUUUACGUCAUCCUACGCACUUCAGAGAAGAAAACGCUGCCUACUGAGAUGCCUUAUUCUGAUUGAUAUUCUGACUGAAUAAUGGGGGAACUCUGUGUGCUCCCUCAGCCACGAAGGCGACCCUAGUUAUUUAACCAUUUUCGGUACACGGAGGGUGGCGUGCUGGCGGGUUUUGUUGCCUCAGCCUGUUGGUUCGAAUGGCCUAGUUAGCUUAGUAAUCUAACACUGGUGGUAGGCUGGGACAGCUUAUGACGUACUCACUGUCUAUGUAGUGCGUCUAAAUAAUCUGCCCUCGGCCGCUCAGGUGGCACAGCGGUAAAACACGCUAGCACACCAGAGCUGACAUUUCGGACUCGUCGGUUCGAAACUCAGCUCUGCCAUCUGGCUGGGCUGGGCGGCUAUAUGAGCAACGAUUGGCUUGUUGUUCAUAGGGCAGAAUAAGCCGGAUACCUCAGAGUUGAGGAAUAACGCUGAUCAGGGUGUGGCUGUCUGUGCACAAAGCUGAUCCGCAUAUGAACUUGCCUUGUGCAGGAGAGAAGAUGCAGUCGGCUACUGCACACGUGUCGGAGGCGGCAUGUGACAGUCUCGCUCUCCCAAAUAAAUAAAUAAUCUGCCUUCUAAAGUCUGAUGUCAGUUAGAAUCCUCUUUAUUUAGGCAGCUGCGUAGGUAGGCAGUAGGUAGCUCACUAGGUUUUCAGACAGGCCCUAUAUGUAUGUACACCCCUUAGUGUUAAAUAGGAACUAAUUUCACGAGCUAAAAUAAUAUAAUUAACACUGUGCACAUCAUACAUACGAUGCAACUUCGCCGAUUGAAAU